AUGGAAAGACCAGUGAGAGACCAAUCCGAAGAUACACAAGAGGAUCAGAGUAUUCCAAAAAUAAUUCUGCCCUCCGAGUUCAAAAAAUGUUCUAGAACAGAUCUUGUAGUACUCAUAUCACGGAUGCUAGUAUCACUCAUAGCAAUUAACGAAAAUUCCUCAACCAAAAAACCUGAUGACCAAAUAACUUUAACGAGAUACCAUUCCAAGAUUCCACCAAACAUAUCAAUCUUCAACUACUUCAUACGACUGACUAAAUUCUCUUCUCUGGAACAUUGCGUUCUUAUAACAUCACUUUAUUAUAUUGAUUUACUACAGACCGCGUAUCCAGAUUUUACACUAAAUUCUUUGACCGCCCAUAGGUUUUUAUUGACAGCUACUACGGUAGCAGCAAAAGGCUUGUGCGAUUCAUUCUCUACUAAUGCUCAUUAUGCAAAAGUUGGUGGAGUACGAUGUCAUGAGUUGAAUAUCCUAGAAAACGAUUUUCUAAAGAGAGUAAACUACAGAAUAAUUCCUAGAGAUCAUAAUAUUACGUUAUGUAGCGUAGAACAAAAACAGAAAAAAUUUGUUAUAGAUAAAAACGCAUUAGGGUCUGUUGAUUUGAGUUGUUAUUCUUAUGCUAAUCGUUUGAAAAGCGGUUAUAAUGUUCUAGACAAAUACUAUCAAAGAAUAGUUCAGUUGGUAGGUUCUUUUAAUGCUUCACCAGAUAAAAGUAAGAGAAUUGACUAUGUUCUCCCGUCCAAUUUUAAUGAAGAUAAUGAAAGUGGUACUCGACUUCAGCAACCCAAAGCAUCACCUGAAUCUCACUAUUCACAAAAACGAAUCUCUGAAGCAGAGGACGCGAGUAAGUAUAAUAAACGCUCAAAGCCAGAUUAA